GUUUUGUUCAGUCGGUAUUCUCGGCAUGAAAGGUUUAAAAUCUUUCUUUUUCUUCCUCUUUUCCUUUCCGAUAAUCUUCGGAUUUGAAGAAGAGAGAGAGAAAUGGUUAAUUAACGCCGAUCAACCAAUUACGUCACCCAUUUUACUCGGUGAAUACCGUUACGUUUGCUUAGGUGACUUGAAUCUUUGCAACAAAGGUAUUAGAAUUUCAUUCUGGUACAAGCCACAACCGGGUAAUGCUAACUUGGACGAAGAGUACUUGAUUUCAACUGGAGGGCAAUCAGCCAUGUCCAAUGGUUUUUACAUGCGAAGAAACUAUGGCAAGGAUUACGAAGUUGGUGUGGCUAUUGAAGAUAAUUUAUGGGUUUGUAAUUUCUAUAUCAUUACGGAUGGAUUAGUCUACUUGACCUUUACCUGGUCUAAUGAAACUGGCUUGGAGCUAAUAAUUGACAACUUUAAAGAGACAUGUGCAACUUCUCCAAAGAAAAGACUCUACACAUAUCCUCAAUAUGAUCUUUUCAACAAUAUAUACGUCGGCAGAGAAAAUACCUAUGGUGCAGAAACAAACCAAUUGAAUAUAGUCAUGUAUAAUUUAACUUACAGCAAUAAUGUGUCUGCAGAGGAAAUACCUAUUGAAGACCUUGAAAAAAAUUUAUUGAGAGGAUGCAUAGAAAAAAUUUCAUCCCGAGAUCCAUCUGUCGCAGCUAAAACCCUUCUAGAAUGCAGAUCAGCUUGUAAUGGAAAGAAAACAAAUCAGGCUAUUUUUACAGUGGACAAAUGCAUUUGUACUGAUUGGGAAAAAAUUCAGGUUAAACCUUGUGAAACACCUAAUACAUUAAAAGUCUAUUGGGUUACUCACUUUAAAAAAGAUUUUAAAUAUCCGAUUAAUUUGAGUGUAACGUAUAAAAGUGCCAGGAACAAAUCAUAUAUUUUACCUGACGAAAUUGUUCUAUUCAAUGCUACGACAACGGCUGACGAAAUGGUUAAUUUUUAUUUCGAUUAUGGAGAUGGAAUGACCGACGAAUCUGCUAUCGGUUUAGGUUCAGCAUCGUGGAUGACUGAAGGAACUUAUACAGUAACGGUCAAAGCCGAAACAAGAUUGACUACAGAAAUUGUAAAAAUUAACGUUACUAUUAAGCAAGUUGAGGAAGGCGUACCGCCAGAAGUCGUUCAAAUAUAUUAUGGUGGAAUGACUCAGAAUAAAGGGGAAAUUAAUUUAUAUACUAGUGUUGUAUCGCAAUUUCCGAUAUCAUGUAAAUUGCAGUACGGUGACGGAGUUGAAAAAAAUUUUACAUUUGAAAAAUUAGUCAACGAAAUCGACGAAAUCUAUUUCUAUCCUGAAGUAGGAAUUUAUGAAGCAGUAUUCAGCUGCUCUAACAAAUACGGAUAUUUAAUUGAUAAAGUAAAAGUCUACGUUGAACAAAAGAACGCUGAAUUCGAAGACAUUGCUGUCGGAACAACGCAAAUAAUACCAUUCAAAAAUCCAACGAAGGAGAAAGUAAAUAUUUUAAUAAAUAAUGAAAAAGUGUUUUCGUCAAUCUCUCAAGAUUCGAUAGUAUUCGACGGAGUCAAUUUAGAUAAGGCAGGAGAUUAUUUACUUCAAGUGACGUCGAUAACAAACACGCUUUUGUUUACUAAAGUACUUGGAGUCUUUCGUCCUGUUGGAGAUAUUGAUAUAGACGUUGACAUUAAUGCAGUCGUCUUGGGCGAUGCUAUAUAUUUUACGUUUAAAAUAUCCGAUGGGGAAAGUUUACACAUCUCUAUUCAAUAUGGUGACGAUGCCGGUCAUAUGUUAUAUGUACCAGGAAAUAAAGUAGAAAAGGAUCCGACUACCAUUCAAUCUUCCCACUUGUAUAAAGAUUAUGGCGUUUAUAAUGUAGAAUUAGAAGUAGCCAAUACUAUUAGCUUUAAGAAGACAUCGAGAGUUGUUUCGGUAGAACGUAUUAUCGAAAAAGCGUCAAUAAAAGCUAGCCACGUUUCAAAACUUGGGGAUGAAACAACUUUUGCUUUACUGGUAGAUGUCGCUAACAGUCCGACUUUGCCCAUAGAUGUCGACUUUCAUUACGGUAACGGUAUCUUUGAAACUGUCCACUUUCCAUCUAGAACGUCCCCUAGUGAACGUCUUAUUCACAAAUAUGCCUAUCCAGCAUACGGUACAUAUCACGUCAAUGCUACACUAAAAAAUAAUAUAAGUCGAAUAUACAUCGAUUAUCAAGUACAAGUCGGUGAUGAUAUAUCGGAAAUUGAUUUGCUUACAAGUUCACCUAUGUCUCUGUCUGAAGUAGUAAUAGAGGUCAAAGUACCCAAGGGCUCACCGGUAAAUAUCCAUAUGGAUAUGGGAGAUGGGACAAUCUUACACAAACGUUUAGAUAACCUUUUUGAAAAAACAAAACAAAGUGGAAGGAGGAAGAGGUCAAUACAAAAUAAUCAAACAGAAAUUACAACAACUAUUCCAUUUACUACGACAAAUUUGCUGGAAAGUUAUGAUUCGACAGUGGCGCCAACUAUCCCAGCGGAGGAUAAACAAAAUAAAUCUUUAAAUGAUCCUUACGAAAUUGAUUUGGGGGAGAAAGUUGAACAUUUUAACGAUCCAGUUUUAUUUAAAUAUCAAUAUUUAAAGCCUGGAACCUAUGAAAUAUCUGCCACUGCUGAAAAUGAGUUUGGGUCAAAGUCUACUUGGCUGUGCCCAAGAAUUACUAUAAUUCGAGAAGAAGCAGCUGGAUUUUCAUGCUCAUCAGCAAAUUUAGCAGUGGCUAAUGAAUCAUCACCAGACCAACCCAUUCAGUGGUAUCGAUCAUCACCUAUAUAUUUAGACCUGUCGAACGAUUUGUCUUGUGAUUCCGAGGUAAAAGCUUCAUACUCAUGGAGAGCAAUGCGACUGGUAAAAGGCAAGUGGAAACCUGAAUUGAAUCUUUGCGUGACUAGAACAAAGAACAAAGGUUUAGUUUUGCCUAAGAAUAUACUGUGGUAUGGAGAGAUAAAAUUAGUAGUGGAAAUGAGUAUUGAAAAGAAGAAAGUGUCUAGAAGAAAGAGAGAAGUUGCCUCUGAGUUUGACAAUUCCACUUCUCCUAUGACUACCCCAUCUGUGACCUCUUUUCCGGCAACUUACACCCAAGCCGACUUAGGAAACGAUGAGAAAACCUCUUCUCCACAACCAACUACAUCAGCCGAUAGUGAUACUAAUUCGGUGGAAAAGAUUCUUAAGGAUGAGCAAGGCUUUUUUAGUCAACCGGAUAUAGAUGAAGCUUACGAAUCUACUCUUGUUUCAGACUCAAUAGAAAUAUUCCUUAGCGUAGUUCCUAGCCCUUUAGUCGCAACAAUUGCUUAUGGGACUCGCAGGGAGGUUAUGAAAGAUUCUAUUGUUACUAUGGAUGCAGACAACUCUCACGACCCGGACGUGUCUCCAAAAAAUAGAUCAGGGAUAUUUAUGCAUUUGAUUUGUUACAAUAAAUACAGUGCAUCCACUGUUGACAAGCUAAAACCUAAUCAAUUACUGGAUGAAAGUAUUAAAUUAAUGAAUAAUACACUAAAUAAUAUGGCUUUGUAUGAAUAUGGAUCCUGUUUUCAAGGAAAUAGUAAACUAUGGGUUCAAGGCUUUAGGAGUACUUUUGAAGUUCUCACACUAGGAACGAAUGGAACAUUUUUCUUUAAGAUAAUCAUUGAGAAGGACAAUCGACAGUCAGAAUUCGUCCAAGAAUUGGAGAUAUUAUCAGUGAAUAUCUCUGGCAAUAUAAAAGAUCUCCUAAAUAACCUGCUCAACAGUAACGAUACAAGCGGAGCUCUGUACGCUAUUGAUAACAUUAUUGGAAAUAUGAAUAAUUUUGUUUCGGACGAUAAUAAUACAAAUGCGCAGGAAGCGAGAAAAGAGUUGAAGGGAAUGAUUAUCAACGUUUUAGAUGGUUGUUCAAAGAGAAUGGAUAAUUAUGAUCAGCUAGGAUCAACUACUAAAUCUGUAAAUGCCGUUACGAACGUUCGAGACGAGACAACACCAGAGAGUCGUAAAACUGCAGCAGAGGCUAUUGGAUCGUGUGGAGACAAAGUAGAAAGUUUGGCUGAUGGUGUAACUCUUGACAAAAUAACUGAGAUGGCAACAAGUUUAAUUGGUGGCGUUGGAAAUGUCGUUCCAAGAAACAACGCGAGUAAUAUCGAUUUAAAUAAGCCGGUGAUUCCGGGUGAGGAAUUUAGCUCUGGUAGUGGUGACGAAAGUCUAUGGAUAGAAUCGACUAUAACUCCUGAGUUAUCUACUAUCGCUGACAUCCUCACCACAACUGAACCCCCUAUCUUACCUCCUGCGACCUGCUGUGAAAAUGUAACAAAAGGGUUAUGCCAAUGGGUAGAACCUUUAGACAGUCCUUUGUUGGAAGAUAUCGAUGAUAGAAAAGAGUUUAUUUGGACAGAUGAAGACUGUGAAGAGAUUUUUCCAGACGAUAUUAUCUUAAUACAAAAUCGAUUUAAAGCUUGUCUUGCGCGAGACUUAGCAGCUGUAAGGAGCCAACAGUCGAAAACAACUAAUGCAGCCAUGGGUGGGUCGGAUAAGGUUUUAUCUGUUUUGAUAAACCAUCAAGAUGAUACUAACGACGGAAUCAAAAUUGAUACUCCGAAUUUAAAGGCUGUUGCAAUUAAAAAGAAAGCUGGGGGAGAUGGAAAAAUGGGAUCUUUUGAGGUUCCAUCAGAGGAAAAUGAUAAAGCUGCAGGAGCAAAGAUGACAACUAUGGCAAACCCCUUUGUUUUUGUUGACAGUGCUUCAAGAGUGCAAUCAAAUGUACAAAGCUUAACUUUAACAGAUGAAACAGGAAAUGUAGUUAAAGUUAACAAUUCUAAGGAAAAAAUUCAAAUGUGGAUUGAUAGUAAUGGGAAAAAGAUACCUCCCGCAGCAGAAAAACACGUGGCUCAUCAUAACAUGUCAUAUUAUCCUAUAAAUCUUACGUCUAAUGGAAUGUCUAUUCAUGCACUUGUAUUUCCAAAGGAUCCUAAUGAGAGAUUCGAAGUGUAUAUAAAAUACGGAGGCGACAAACAGUUGGUACCAACUAAAAAAGAUUAUGACUUUGUUCAAGUUGUACCAAGAGAUGUUUCUCUUCUUAUCGCUAACAAAUCACUUACCAAAGGCGAAAUCGAACAAUUAAAAUACACAUUCUUUCCACCUGCGAAUGUAACUGAGCGAAAUGGUUCCUACGUGCUGGGAGUAUCUAUUUAUGGUGCAUAUGUCAAAAUGGAAGAAGCUAAGUCUGGUACUUUCCGCGGUAACUUUACAUUCAAUUUUCAAAUUUUCUUGUCCGCGUGCAUCUUUUGGGAUGAAAUAGAAAACGAUUGGUCUAGCAAUGGCUGUGAAGUUGGUCCUUUAACAACUAAAUAUAGAACGCAAUGCCUAUGCACACAUCUGACAUCGUUUGGCGGUGACUUUGUUGUUCCUCCAAAUACAAUUGAUUUUAAAAACGUAUGGGGUAACUUUAGCAAUCUCAGCGAAAACGCAGCAGUAUUCUCGACGGUUAUCGUUCUGCUUGGGUUGUAUGUGAUACUCUUAGUGUGGUGUCGCUACCAAGACAAAAAAGACAUUCUUAAGUGGGGAGCCACUCCUUUGGAAGAUAAUUUACCCACUGAUGUUUACCAUUAUCAAGUAACAGUUUACACAGGCGUGAAGAAGAAUUCAGGAACAAAAUCUAAAGUUAGCUUCAUUUUAUCGGGAGAUAAUUGUGAUACUGGAGUAAGGAGAUUGGAUGACGGGAAAAGAAAGGAGUUGUCAUCGGGUUCUGUAUUAAAUUACAUUCUUAGUGUGGAGAGCUGUCUCGGGCCUCUAACUUUUUUGCGAAUAUGGCACGAUAACCAAGGACAGGGAAAAUCGAAAGGUUGGUUUCUUGAUCAGGUCGCGGUUAUGGAUUUGCAAACUGGAGACAGAUUUUUCUUUUUAUGUGAUCGAUGGCUUGCUGUUGAGGAAGAUGAUGGACAAGUUGAUCGAGUUUUACCAGUAGCCUGUAUGAACGAUUUAACAGCAUUUAAACAUUUAUUUUCAUCGUCCCUGAGAAAAAAGCUGACAAAUGAUCAUUUGUGGGUAUCCAUUGUGUCACGCCCAACAAGGUCAAGUUUUACUAGAGUUCAGCGUAUAUCCUGCUGCAUGUCAUUGCUCUUUUUAACAAUGAUUACAAAUUGUAUGUUUUACAAGGCGGAAGACACCUCAAAAAAAGCCACAGGGAUAACUCUUGGACCUUUCACUUUUACCCUGCAGCAGCUAUUUGUAUCCGUUGUAAGCACAGCUAUUGUCUUUCCGCCAAACCUUCUAUUAGUCACAAUAUUUCGAAAAGUCCGUCCGAAAAAGAACGCUAUUCUCCAAUCGAAUCAGAAGAUAUCAUCGAAAUCAAAGAAAUGGAGGAACAUAAAUCCAGGGUCUUCACUAUGGUCUAAUCAGAAAGUCUCUAGGCUACAAAAAUUCCAAGAUGCAAUGCAUAACAUACUUACUUCCCAUCAAAAGUCAAAGUAUGAAACAGAAGAUCCAGAUAUAAAGAAGAGAAAGAAAAAGGGCUGCUCAUUACCACCAUGGACAAUUUACUUUGCUUGGAUUAUCUGCUUCCUAUCCAUAGUUGCUUCGGGCUUUUUUACGAUUCUCUAUAGUAUGCAAUGGGGAAAGGACAAGUCGAAUAAAUGGCUUAUAACAUUCUUACUCUCUUUUUUCCAGUCGGUGAUAGUGGUACAGCCCGUUAAGGUUCUCUUAUUAGCUGCAUUUAUUUCUUGUAUUAUGAGGAAACCAGAUGUUGAUGACGAUGAUGACAUGUUUGAAGAUAACCAUAACGGUUUACCGUCAGCAGAUGAAAUUAUGCUCAGUCCUGAACAAGAAAGAGAUAUACAAGAAUUAAUUACGCAGAGGAAAUUACAAGCAAGUCAAAUUAAGCCACCCGAUAUGGAUUCUUUGAAGGUAGCCAGAGAAACUCGACUAAAAGAAGUACAAAUGGAGGCUAUAUUGAAAGAAUGUGCAAUUUAUUUCUUCUUCGUUAUGGUACUCUUUUUCAUAUCUUACCAAACUCGUGAUAUGGCAAGUUAUAAUUUUAAUGAAAAUAUAAAAAAUACUUUCAUUAGGACUAAACCGGCCUUUGACUCGAUUACAAAGCCUGAUCAAUUUUGGACUUACAUCAAAUCUGCUCUCUUACCAAAUCUAUAUUCUGGAAAAUGGUAUAAUGGGAAGAGAGUUGACUGGCGAGGUUUUCUAACUAUUGAUGAUCGAAAUACUAUUAGAGUUGGAGUAGCAAGAUUAAGACAACAUAGAAUAAAAGAUGGUUCUUGCAAAUACUCGAGCUAUUUUAUUCCUAUUAUAAAAAAACCGUGUAGAGAUCAGUAUGGUUGGACAUCAGAUGAUACGAAGGAUUAUUUAUCAGGUUGGAAAAAGACUGAGACGGCUGGUAAUGAUACUGACCUUAAAAGUUCUAAGAAAUCGCCCUGGAUAUAUAGGAGCAGCGUAGAGUUGGUGAAUGCCCCCUAUGUUGGAACCAGAUCUACGUAUAAAGGGGGUGGCUAUGUAUUCAAAUUUCAUAGGACAAGAUCUAAAACAGAGCGAUAUUUAAAGAAACUUGAAGAAGAGGAAUGGGUUGAUGUUCGGACGAGAUCAGUAUUUAUAGAAUUUACACUAUAUAACGGAAAUAAAAAUCUCUUUGCGGCUGUAAUAUUGCUUGUUGAAUUUCAAGCAGCUGGCGGAGCUACAAUAAGGACUGAAUCAAAAGUCUUUAGAAUAGAUAAUUACGUCGGCGGAUGGGGUGUUGUCGUUCUAAUGUUCGAAAUAGUAUUUUUAUUAUUUACGAUUUACUUCAUAGUUAAAUGCCUAAGGGACAUUAGAAAGCAAAAAUUGAAAUAUUUCAAGCAAUUCUGGAAUUUACUUGAGUUUGUAACAUUAUCUAUGUCAAUAACAGCUGUUGCAAUGUAUGCUAUGAAGCGAAUUUUUGCAUCUGAAGCUAUGAAAACAUUAAAAAAAAGUGAAUCGGGAGACUAUGUGAAUUUUAUUUCUAUAUCUAUUUGGGAUGAAACGUACGUGUUUAUCGUAGCGAUUAUUGUCUUUCUGGCAACAAUAAAAAUGCUAAAGCUGCUGAAAUUUAACAAACGAAUGGGAAUGCUUGGAGAUACGAUAAAAUUGGCAACGAAAGAUUUGAAGACUUUCUCUAUUUUAUUUAUUAUCUAUUACUUUGCAUUUUGUCAACUUGGCUAUCUCUUAUUCUCAAAAUAUUUAACAAAUUAUAAGUCGAUGGUAGCAUCUGCCGAAGCUCUGUUUGCAUUUGCUUUAGGAGAUUUUGACCUUGAUGCUAUGCGUGAAGUUGAUCGAAUCCUUGGUCCUAUCUUCUUUUUCCUCUAUGUUGCAAUAGUCUAUAUUAUACUUAUGACAAUAUUCCUAACAAUUAUUUAUGAUUCAUUAGCCGAAAUUAAGGCUAAUAUGGAACUGCAAUCCAACGACUAUGAACUUGUAGAAUUCAUGGUUAAGAAAUUUAAAGGAAUUUUUGGCUGGACCUAAAAAAAAACGAAAAAGAAAACUUUUCAGUCCCAUCACGAACACUUUGUCAUUUAACGUGCCGACAAACUGUCAGCUUAGGCAUCACAUUAAGCUUAGUUAAAUAACUCUAAUAUAUCUCUCAAAACAAGCCCUAUUCUGUUGAAAUUUAUCUAUAUGUUCUCUAAGUAUUCUUUUAUCCAAUCGAUCUUUAAUUUAUCUCCGGCGAAAUUUAUAGAAUCAGACAUUUUAGAGGUAGAAUUUUGGCAAACCGUUUGUAUGGCAUCAGGCGAUAUAGCUAAAUAGUGAUUUGGCCUAAUCGAGAUCGGGUAUUUUUUGUAUUCUUUGAGGCCAUCACUUAAAACUUGUGCUUUUUUAAGAACGUUCCAACCGACAGCAUCGUGAAGAUUAAUUUCAUUUCUAGUAAGAACAAUCAUUCGGUUGUGAAGUCUUAAAAAGGGAUGGUUGCUUUCGCAAUGAACAGAGAAUGAGCUAAAAUCAUAAUCCGGAUAAUGUUUUUCUGUAGAAAAGUAGGCAGGAGGUAGAAAGAGGUAACAAACAUUUUUGUUUCGAUUACGAAGUAUAGGUAGAUUAAUAGUUGUUAAAUCAGAUGGUACAAAACCGAAAUAUCCUCCAAAAAUUUGAAUAAUAUACAUUGGUAAAACAUACAUUGCUCUUAGUUUAUUUAAUCCUCUAAAUAUUCCUCUAUAUUGUUGCAGUGUUAAAUCAAGGACAGCUAGAAUAUCUUUAUAUUUCCAUAUCCAAAUUUCCAAAUUAUUUGAUUGUAAUCUUAGCCAGCAGUUUAAAAUUUGUAUCACUUUUUCAUUGUCCAUUUGUUCAUCUUCUAUGAAAAGAUGAAUAAUCUCAUUUUUAAAUAGAUACUCUCUAUCACUUAUCUUUGUUUGAAACCAGAAGUAUGUUAACAGUACUAUUAAGGCUACAAAAUAUACAACUAUACGACCUUUGAAAGAAAUAUACAUCAUCGCUUAGUAGUAUAAGCAUACACAAUUUAUUAUAAAUGCAUCCAGCAGAACGGCUGCUACAAUCCACUGUAACAGCUUGCCAUUUACAAUGCUGAUGGUUUAUCGAGUAUUUUCAACGAUUAGGCUAAAAUCAUACGAUAACUUAAGGCCUAAACAAUUAUGAUAAAAAAUUUUAUCUGCCUUAAAUACAUUCGUACAUUCUAUAGCAUAAUAAACUACAAAAAAAUACUUUGUUAGGGUAUUUACUGUGUAAAUGCAUAAAGCAUAUUGAGUAAUUAAAUACCAAAAAACAUUUAGGAAGAGGAGAGGUAAGAACUUCUAAAAAGAAUAUUUUAAGUGUCGCCUGCAAGCGAUUAAAAGAAAGAUUUCUUUAGUAGGUGAG